UCAUCCUGUCAGCCAGAGGUUACAGCAGCCGGGAAAACGCUCGCAAAUAUGUGAUAUUUCCUCAAACACUGCUGCUAGUUUAGUGUUUCAGGUAUAUUUUUUGUUCGGGUAUCUACAAAACUUCACCACUGGUAAAAAGCAAACGUAUUCUCCGGAGCAGCUUCAAGGUUUCUUGUGGAGGUUGUUGGACGGGACAGCGGGACCAUCGACUGAGGUCUCCGGAGCAUUACUCUACCCCCAUGCCCGCCGCGAUGCUGCCCUGCCUGCGUUCUGUCCUGCGGCCCGCCCUCUCUCUGAGAGCCGGGUCUGUGUUGGCCACAGCCGGACUCAGCAGCCACCAAACCCCCGCUAUAGCGUCCUGUGCACGGAGCACCUCAGAGCCUGCUCUCUCCAUGCUGGGGCAGCGGAGGCACCUGGGCACACACCCGCUGAGGGAGAACGUGGACCCUCUCGACUCUCCCCGGGGAGCCAAGGAGUUUAUUUACACUCUCCAUCCCACCGAGAGGAGCUGUCUGCUCCGAGAGCUGCACAAGUUCGAGUCCAUAGCCAUCGCUCAAGGUCAGAUUGAAGUUUCAGCCCCUACUUCAGGAGAGCUCAGAUAUAUCCUGCUGCACAACGCUAUCCCUUUCGUUGGAUUUGGAUUCCUGGAUAACUGCAUUAUGAUCGUAGCUGGAACACAUAUUGAGUUAUCCAUCGGAGUGAUCCUCGGCAUUUCAACUAUGGCAGCUGCUGCUCUUGGCAACCUGGUGUCUGAUCUGGCAGGACUAGGGCUGGCAGGUUAUGUGGAGGCGUUGGCGUAUCGGCUGGGAAUGAAGAUUCCUGACUUAAGCCCCAAACAGGCGGACAUGUGGCAGACCAGAGUCAGCUCUCAUGCGGGCAAAGCCAUCGGUGUUGCCAUCGGCUGUAUCCUUGGCAUGUUUCCUCUUUUCUUCUUCAAGGACGAUGAUGAGAAGAAGAAGAAGAAGAAAGGCAAGGCGGAAGCGAAGGAGGAAACACAACCACCUCCUGCUCCAACAGAAGACUGAAGCUUACAUCUCCACGGAGAGAAAUACUAUUUGAAAUCCAUUACAAUACUUUAAAGUGGGACUGAUUGCGCUUGUCUGGUGGACUGCAGUGUGUGAACAUGUCUUUGAACCAUUACAGACUAAUCAUUGGGUACUUUACAGGACCCAGUCAAACUAAAGGUAUUCUAAGGAUGGUUUUAGAUAUUAUUUCAUUGUAGACUUUGAACUUGAGCACAGGGACGUGACUGUCUCUUGAAGAGACAAUAAAUGAUUGAUUCAUUAGAGUGCUGCUAACUGUAACACCGUAACCUCCUCUUGACUGACCGACAUGAGCUGAAGCUAAUUAGAACACAGGGCAGUGACCUCUUCCCCUCCUUCCAGGCUGUUAUACAAUCAUCUGACUAUAGAUGGUUAGAUGGAAGGUAGAUGAUAAUUUGCGGGCUCUCUUAAAUAUCAACAAACGUUGGAACCAAUGCAUUCAAAAGAAAAUGCUGUACGCAGCUUUUUGACGUUGAAGGUUCCUCAUAUAAUGUCUGAAACCCUCAUCUGAAUCCAUGGAGGAAGACUUAACAAAGAGGCAUGUCUUUAGUCAGCAGUGUUAAACUUAUUUUUUAAUGAGUAUUUGAAGGUAAUGAGCCAAGGAAGGGGGGUCACUUUUUGCAUAUAAAGAUGCACCCUUUCAUCAAGUACAUUACUCUUCUGUCUUACAAGCAUGUCUGCCUUUUAAUGAUAACAAUGUCUUAAUAAGUCCUGCCUGCCUGCCUGCCUCAUUCACACUCCAUGACAACCAGUCAGCUGCUUUUUGUGAAAAAUCAGUACUUGUUUAGAUUUUUAUGUUUCUUGUUGAUGACGAACUUUAUAUUGAUCCCUCAAAUGAGUAACAUGCACCCAAUUUCCCCAUUUAUAAUGAGUGUUACAAGGUAGAUGCAGUUUGUUUCCUAUCUCAGAGGAGUUGAGCAGAAAGGAGACGAACACAGAGAGGCAGAGGGAGGGAAAAAGAUUAGAAAUGCCAACACUGAACCGCCUGAGACCUCGGUCCCAUCUGCAGCCGACCUCUGGCUCCAGUACCACACGAUUCAUCUCCUCGCCUACCUGCAGCUGAACCACAACUCACUCCCAGAGCAGCUUCUGUCCUGCAAGGGCAGCCUAGAACAUUCAGCCCAGUGCUCAGUUUCAAUUUGACUUCAAAGUAAAUAAGAAGAUUGUUUCCCUGUUUGUUUUCUAGAUGCUUUUUAAUUCCAACACUAUUUCACUUCUAUCCUAUAUAAUAUUGUCUCUGCUCUGCUGCCCCCUUCUGGCUGAAAUUCAGAGAAAGUUAAGUUGACUGUCAUUUAGCAUAAGCAUUUCUUUUUCUGUUAGUAUUAAAGCCUCUCGUGUCUCGCCUGUAAGUUCCACCGGCUAUAGGUAAUCAAAUUAUCGCCAAAACAUUCAUUUGUCAUAUUUCUCAAUGCAAGUAUCUGCAUCAUUCAUCAUCAGACAUGAAGACAGGUUUAUUCGGACACAUUUGGGAUGAUGAGACACCUCCAUCCAUCCAAGUCUUCAUUCAGCUGUCACUGAGUUCCUAAUGUAUCUUUGAAUGGUUGUGUUUCUCACCAGGUUGCUCAGCUCAUCAGAAAUGCAGUCACUUGUUUAUAGCAUUGAAUCUGUUUGCAAGUUGAAGAAAUGAAAGGAAGCUGCCACAUGUCACUCUCUGGAAAACUUGCAGAAAAUGUAUUUAUUUUUGUUAAGAUAUUCAGACUUGUAUUCAUAAAAUGUUCUCACUAUGUUCUCUUUAUCUGAAAGGAAAAUGUUAAGAAUAGAAAGUAUUUGUCAGCACAACAACCUUUGUUAGUAUAUUUUCAGCAGCAUUAUACAACAGGAAGGACUUCUAAUUCAACCGACCCCUCUCUAUGGUACGGUCCAUAAGUAACUUUCUGAAGACUGACCCUGUCUGAGAUGUUAUAGUUAUUUAUUAUGUGGGUAACAGUGAUCCUUAACAGUGAUAGCAAUGAAGAAAAGAACUGAACAUAUUUAUGUAGUUAGGAUUUUUGAUCUGAUUGCUUGAUUUCCACCCUGCAUGCACUGCUAAUAAAAGAAACAAAAGUGUA